AUUCGAUUUAUUGUUUAUUAUAUCGCGGUUUGGGCGUGUUUCGAGAUUUACAUGAGCUGUGAAAGUGAAACGUUCCUGCAGUGAAUUCUUGAAUAGUUGCUUUUUUCAGAUGUCUGAGAUGACGUAGAUAACGCCUACUAUUUAAACAUCAUUUCAACGAACGAUUUAAAAAAAUUCUAUUUAACGAAUAAUAAUCGGAUUACAGAACAAUAGCCCGAAGUGCCGCAAGUCGCACUUGUUGCAGUCUUCAUUAAAACACACUUGAUACACCCUCUAUACACUCAUCCACGCGCUAUCAUCACACCGCCGCGUCGGAUUUCCGCAACCUCCUCGAAGUCCGUGACUUUGUUGCGUAUCGGUGUGUGACAUCAUAUAUUAAUCUUGUUUUACAUGGCAUUUUUGUCACCGGUCGAAAUCGGUAUCGCUCGUAUAAGCGACCGGUUGGAAAUGAAUAUUUCGAACGUGUUGUGCACACACCUGUCUGCGAGUUUUAUACAGAUAUCGGCUCUUUAACGAAGCGUCGUCUGAAUGAUGUGUAUCGGAUUACCCGGAAAAGGCUUGCACUAACGAUCGCUGCAUUGUGCGCUGUUUGCACACAUGAGAGAUCGUUCGAUUGUAACCGCAGCCCAUUGUGUCGUAAACGUGCUUAUAGUCGUUUAUUUUAGACUGUAUUAUUAACGACUGUCUUUAAUUUCGACAAAAAAAAGCUUAAAUUUUCAAAAACCGGAAGACGCAAUUAAACAAACCGAUCGCGUGGAGCUCAACCGGUUUAUUUCAUAACGCGCUAUACGGAGAGAAUUUCAAAAUUUAAUUCAAGAGGUAAUCACCAGCGUUAAUCGAUCGACAAGCCUUAUGCUUAUCAGCCAUAAAACACCUCUACAUCCACACACGAAGUUGGAAAGUUAAUUCUCCUAAUGUUUUGUGCUCGGCGCUAUAAGUACGAGUAUAUAAGAACAAGCCCAGACUUUCUUCUUACUUCUCGGCCGCCGCGAAAGCGCACACGCGAGUAAAUAUUCACGUACGACGCUAUAGAAAGUGAGCGUGUGUCGCGCGUAGGGAUCACGGCUGUAUCAUUGUCUGCGGCGCGCGACCCGUUGUUAGAAAGCAAAAGUCUACGUAUGUGUGAUCAGAGCUGGUUUCUGUCUUGUUUUUUUUUUUUUUUCCUGGAGAAAGAAGAAAAAAAGGAAACUCGAGGUUUCACCACGUGUAUACGCGGUGUAUUUGUUCUCGGAGGGAAAUUUUUAAUUCGGGUUUUACCAUGCAGAUCUCGACCUAUGAUUCUGACCUUUACUUAUUGCGUUGGAAUUAUACGGCUCGUUAGUUUAUAACGGCGACUUUGAUAUGUGUGAUAAAUUUGAAAGGGCAGUUGCGAGUGUGUUUAUAAGCAGGCUCGCGUGCGCCGACAUAAUUUACACUCGCUUAUUGCCAUACGCCGCGCGAAUUAUCCGAUGCGUGUGGCGCUUUACACGAGUACGUUUUUUCUUCUGCUUUUCUCAUGUUCGCGUAGACAUUAUGCGAAAGAAAGCGUUAAAAAUGUUGCAAUUUUUCACGCUAUACCGAAUACGGGCUUGUACAUUGAUACACAUAUAUGGGUUACAUAUGUACAUAUAUAAUAAUGCUACUGUGUACUAAGAAAUCUGGUAAAUCUCAGAGAUCUUAUCGAGAGACGCUGCGCCGAUGUUAUUCUGCCUUUUUACAAGCAUCGCUAGCACGUGUAUAUAAUUUGCGAGCUGCGCUUUUUUCCGACGUGUGAUAUUUUGUAAUGCCUCCAGUCGUAUAUGCGUCUGACUCUAAGUUUAUAAUAAGACAGGAGUGAAUGUUCUAUCUACAAUUUAAAAUGUUUACGAGUCCACGGCGCGAAUGUCAAGCCAAGUUCGCGUCGUUCCUCGUAAUCGGCCUGCUCUGCAUCUGGCAAUGCAGAGCCGAUGUUCUGGAGACGGUGGCGCAGUGGCCGCUGAUGAACUUCGCUUUUCCUUACGAUCCGAGCUUCCUCGAGCUUUUCCAGCCGGAAAAUGUGGUCCCGACCGGUCUGGAGAUCGGUUGGCACAGAAUCUUCCUGGCUAUUCCCAGGUUGAGAGCUGGAGUACCUGCUACCAUCACCUUCAUGCCGAGGGAUGUUCCCGUGGGGAGUACACCGCAUUUGCAGGCUUAUCCAUCCUGGGACUGGCACAGCGCGGGCAAAGGUGAUUUCAACUGCUCCAAGUUGAUUUCCGUGUACCGAGUCCGUGCCGAUCGUUGCAAUCGGCUCUGGGUCCUGGACAGUGGAAUCAACACAUCGAUCGACGACUUCACCGUGGCUUGUCCACCGAAAAUCCUUAUCUUCGAUCUCCAGUCGGAUCAGCUCGUUCGGAUCAUAACUUUCCCUCGCGAGGCUGUGAGGCCGAAUUCGCUUUUUACCAACAUCGUUAUCGACGACACGACAGCGACUACCUGCGACGACGUUUACGCUUACAUCACCGAUACAACGGGACCUGGACUAGUCGUACUCGAGGGAGCCACCGACAGAAGCUGGCGAUUCCUCCACGCCUCUAUGCUGCCCCAUCCCGAUUACGCGACCUAUCAGAUCGGCAGAGACUCCUUCGAGCUGUUCGACGGAAUCGUGGGUCUGGCCUUCUCUCCGAGACUGGCAAUGGUAUACUACCAGCCUCUGGCCACCGAUCGCUUGUUCAGCGUACCGACAUCGGUACUGAGGGCGGGACCUCCUGCCUUUGGCGAUAACUUACCGGUUACGCUUAUCGGACGCAAGUCCAGUCAGGGAAUCGGUCUGUCGGUCGAUACGCGGGACGAUACCAUCAUCUUCUCGCCCCUCACAGAGACGGCUAUCGCUGCUUGGAAACCGCAAACCAAUUCGCAGAGGAUCUUGGCAUACAGCCCGGAGCUGCUACAGUUCGCCGCUGAGGUCAGGUGGGUGGAUCGCGACAACGGCAACAUCUGGGCGCUAACAACGAGGUUCCAGAAGUUCUUCAAGAAGCAAGUCAAUCCGCGCGACGUCAAUAUUCGCGUUCUCAGGAUCCGUUCGGAAGAUAUCGUUCCUCAAGCUCCCUACCUCUUGAGACACUUCAAUUACAAUCCGCACCGCGCGAGUUUCUACAAUCGAACCCUUGGAUUUUUGUAAAGAGGUUGAAAUGCGUUCUUUAUUGUAGUGGUUAAAGAAUCAUUCUCUGGUAUGGAGAGUGAUGCCUUUCUCCGAACAUUAUUGCAGCGUUUGACGUUAUUUUAAUAAGAAUAAGCGCUGGCAAUAAAGGUUGUGUGUCUCGAUCAGGAUUAGUUAAAAUUUAAAUUGUAUAGUUUAUAAAUGCUUAUGGCUGAAUUGAGAAGCCUUCAAUAUUUUAAUUAGACUUCGGAAAAUACGUUAUAAAGAUAAUGAUUGUAAUACAUGUUUUAUAAUAGUGUAUUAUACGACGAUGUAUAAUAUAUGCUAUAUGUAGAACUGAACUAAAUAUUUCCGAGUGACAGGAUUACAACAGAGCUGUAUGAAAUUAGGACGAGUUACGUAUAGCGACGAGAUGACGCAUUAUGUGCAUUAUUCAACGGAUAAUCAAAAAUGUGCCACGUUAUGAAUUCAGUCUACUUUACUGCAACGUAUGCAAAUUUGUAAAUAAAGAACAAAGCAAAAGCAUGUAUCUCAUUGAAAGCAUGUGUCGAACAGGCGAUUGUCGAGAUACAUUUUUGACAGUACAAAAAAUGCUCAUUGUAUUUUCAUUGAAAAAAUCCAUUUGUUCAAGUCCGGUAUGUUUAAUUUUGAGAGUGUAAUUAGAUGAAAAUAAAACUUUGAAUUAUAAAUAA